CAGACAUUGCGCACUUAGAGACCGUUGAGGUCGACUCACCUGAAGUUGAUGCUGAAGAACUUAAAUUCGUCUUGGGCUUAGAGCCCUUUGAAGACGUCGGAGAGGUCAACAAGCCUGAAAUUAAUACUGAAAAAGUCAAAUUAUUCUUGCGUUUAGAUACGAUCGAAGAGGACGACACUCCUAGCGCUGUUGCUGAAGAGGAUGCAGAUGCCACGAACUUGGAAGCUGAAGCUAAAGGAAAGGCAACCGAUCCUUGCGUUAUUGCUGAAACUACCCAAAACUUUACGCAAUUACUAAGCAUUGUGACAGAGACUAGUCCUUGCAUUGAUGAAGCUGGAAUUGCUGAAGUAAUCACGCCUUUGGAAGCGAUUGGGAUGCCUACCAAUUCUAGCGUUGAUGUUAAAGCCACUCAAACUCUUAUGCAAUUAUUAGGCAUUGAUGUGGCUGAUCCACCUGAUGCAUAUGCAGACGCCGACAUGGAGGCUAAUAAUUAUGAAACUCCAAGUAUUGAGGUUCUUGAAAGUGCAGAAAUUCUUUUGCAUUUAGCAGCCAGUGGAAGUUGCACAGUUAGCGCUGAGGUAAAGAAAAUUACUCAUAUGCCAGAUAGUGGGAAGGAUACAAACCAGAGCAAUAUCUGCUCAUUACCUCGAAUGGAGUUGGAAGCUGAUGUAGCGACUGAGGAUUAUGGAGGAGAUGGUACAAAUGAAACUGGUCCCUUCGAAGGUUACUCAAACACAAAAAUUACGGAAGCUGGUCAACACGAUUUAAUUGAAUUAAAAGCCUUUGCGAAGGACAAAUCUUCUAGCAAAGAUGAAUUCAUUGGAACUGAAUUUGAAGUCGAGGGGGUGGUCGAAAAUUCUGACGAUCACCUCCUUGAAUUUCCAAUGAACUUAACUUCCAGUGGAAAGGUAAACCAGCCUAGCCUUGAUUUUCUUCGGGAUAUUAUGCUUUCCAUUCUUGUUUUUCUUCUUGUAUGGAGCAUUAUGAAAAGUUUUAUUCUCAAGGCUAGCUUGUUCUCCUUCCUCGUCCUGAAGAAAUAUGGAAUGGUUUUUACUGAUGACAGGUCCCUGAAAUUUGGAACAUUGUGUGAAAUUAAUUACACAGCUAAUGCUGUUGCUUUGGAGGGUACUCCCAAGAGAUCGAAGUUGGUUGAGAGUAAAAAUGUCCCUGACGAGGUUGACGUUCAACUUUCCCAUAAACCUUUCAGCUUGGUUGAGAACCUCGAAGUAGAUUGUGAUGAAGCUGUAACAUCUCUUGAUGUUAAUGAGUUUACCAACACCAGAUCAGACUUAUAUCUUGAGUCUCAAGUUAAUAAUUUUAUGACCAAUGAUGCUUUGUUUAAUGGGAUCAGCUUUUCUGCUGAUGAAAGGGUGAAUCCACUGCUGUUCCAGGGUUUUGGUGUUACUUACAAUCUGAUAUUUCCUGGAAUGGCUUAA